CCGGUCAGUAGCACGGGUUUCCCGCGGAGUACGUACGUAGAUGUAAUCACACUGUAAAUAACAAUUUAGAUCUACACAACAUUAAUAUCUAGUCUUAGUUUGGUUAAUGAUGUCUGUGAACAAAUAAAAAGUGAACAUUUUGUGAUCCCACAAUGGUUUCGUUAUUUGUGUUGUUAAUAGUUCCCGGCCUCACAUACGGAAGCAUAUGGAGAGAAACAUCAGGACUCUGCCGAAUAGAUGAGUUUACGUGUUCUAACGGCGAAUGCGUGAAGUUUGGGUUAACCUGCAACGGCGUCCCUGACUGCGCGGACAGCUCUGAUGAAGACGUCUGCUCAGGAAUUACAAAUACUAGCCUAGUCCAACCGCUAAGUCGGGAGAAGAGACAAACAUCCAGCAGAUGCAGAAAAGGACAAUGGGAGUGUCGCAGUGGCACGUGCAUCAGCUUCGAUGGCAAGUGCGACGGCGUCGUCGACUGCCCCGACGGCAGCGACGAGACCUUCGCGCUGUGUAGGAACAGCACUUGCCAUGCCAACUGGUUCCGGUGCGCGUACGGCGCUUGCGUGGACGGCACGGCGCCGUGCAACGACGUGCAGGAGUGCGCCGACAACUCCGACGAGCUGCUGCCCAGGUGCCGGAACAGCACCAAUGGGGCCUUGGGUGUGUUCAACUGUGACAACGGUCAAAUAAUAUCCACCGCGGACGCGUGCGACGGCGUCAAGACCUGCAGCGACGGAUCCGACGAGACCCUCCGCGCCUGCGCCGACAACACCUGCCCCAGGUACCAGUUCCAGUGCGCGUACGGCGCCUGCGCCGACCAGGACGCCAACUGCAACGGUAAAGAAGAUUGCGCCGAUGGAUCCGAUGAAUCUGAUGACCUCUGCAGACCGGGUCAAGUAUCACUCACGACGACUACUACUACACAAGCACCUAUCCAAGAAGGCAAUUGCAUUCUACCACCGUAUCCUCUGCACGGGACGUACACUGUAGGAGGCAACACGAAGGCUCGACCGGGCGACGCGUACAGCUCGGUGCUGCUGAACUACUCCUGUUCCGCGGGCUACGGGCUGGACGUCGAAAACGGUCAGAUGUAUUGCCAAGAAGGAACCUGGUAUGGUGGCGACUUUCCUAAAUGCGUCCAUCUGUGCCGAUUGAAUCAGCACGAAAGUGUUACGUACCGGUGCCUCAUCAGCGGCUCCCGUGGUGAGGAAGGAACUAGGAACUGCAACCCCUACGAGCCGGUCGGGACUGUCGUGCGCGUGGAAUGCAAGAAACCAAACUAUUACUCUCCUGUGUCACUCACGUUAAUGAGGUGUCUAGAAGGCGGAUUCGACACGUAUCCUAUCUGUGCCCCAGAAUGUGGUAGACUAACACCCAACGGCACAGAGCUGAUCAUAGAUGGGGUUGACGCGCAAAGAGGCGAGAUACCUUGGCACGUUGGGAUAUAUCGCACCACAAAAUCCUCCUACGAACAGAUUUGCGGAGGCUCUCUCGUCUCGAAUACCAUUGUCAUCUCAGCUGCGCAUUGCUUCUGGAAGGACGUGGAAAAAAAACUUCCAGCCUCACGCUUCGCUGUGGCAGUGGGGAAAUUAUAUCGUCCUUGGGACUAUCCUGGUGAUCCUGAUGCCCAAAAAUCCCAGGUGAGCGAAAUAAGAAUUCCACCGAAAUUCCUGGGGUCAGCAACAAACUUUCAGGACGACAUCGCAAUACUGAUCCUGAAGACGGCGAUCCGGUACGAGACGUACGUCAGGCCUGUGUGCUUGGACUUUGAGUACCAGUUCGACAAAAGGCAGCUGCAGGAAGGAAAAUUGGGCAAGGUGGCCGGUUGGGGGCUGACUGGCGCCAACGGGAAGCCCUCGAUGGCGCUCCAAGUGGCACAAAUACCGUUUGUGAGCAUCGAGACAUGCCUGGAGAAUUCCCCGAGCGGCUUCCGUGAGUUCAUCACCAGCGACAAGAUCUGCGCCGGCUACCUGAACGGAACCGCCCUGUGCAAGGGCGACAGUGGCGGCGGGCUGGCCUUCCCCGAGACGGAGAAGGGCAUCGAACGGUACUACCUGCGCGGCAUCGUGUCCACGGCGCCGCGCAACAACGACCAGUGCACGCAGUACACCCUCACCAGCUUCACGCACGUCUUCAAGCACGAGUACUUCAUCAAGGAGUCCCUCUAUAUAAUGGUUUCGUGUAUAUUUCUUUUGUUCUUAGUUCCUGGAUUAGCAUGUGGAAGCACCGUUAGAGAAUCAUCAGGACUUAGCCGAAAUGGAAGCUUAGGUCUCAAGCCAUCUCGUUUGACGAGAGAAACUACUACCAGUUGCGGAUCAGGACAAUGGAAGUGCGUCGGCGGCACCUGCAUCAGCAUCGAACGCAAGUGCGACGGCGUCACCGACUGCCCCUACGGCAGCGACGAGUCCUUCGCGCUGUGCGGGAACCACACGCAAAUUCAAGUCAGCAAAUGCGUACUGCCGCCCUAUCCCUUGCACGGCACGUACACUGUGGGCGGCGAGGGCGGACGCAGGGCGGCCCCCGGCGACGCCUAUCCCUCGGUGCUGCUCAACUUCACUUGCCGUCGAGGCUACGACUUGGACAGCAACAGCAGCACGAGCUAUUGCCAGGAGGGCACCUGGUAUGGCGGGUUCCCGAAAUGCGUCCGACCUUGCCGGUUAAACCGACACGAAAGCGUGGAGCACCGAUGCCUCAUCAGCGGCUUCCGUGGUGAGGAAGGAACUAGGAACUGCAACCCCUACGAGCCGGACGGGACGAUGGUGCGCGUCAAAUGCAAGAAACCAAACUAUUACUCUCCUCGACCACUCCCAUUAAUGAGGUGUAUAGAAGGUUCAUGGGACACCUACCCUACAUGUACUCCAGAAUGUGGUAGAAUCACACCAAAAGCGACAGAAUUGACAGCUGAUGAGAUUAGCGACGGAGAAAGUGAAAUACCUUGGCACGCUCCUAUUUACCGGAGAAUGACAACUCAGAACUUGUACCAGCAGCUUUGCGGCGGCUCCCUCGUCAGCACCACUCAUGUGAUAUCAGCUGCUCACUGCUUCUGGUCAGACAUAGACAAAAUACUUCCAGCGUCUAAUUUUGCCGUGGCGGUGGGUAAGCUGUAUAGUUCCUGGGAUCAUCCUGAAGAUUUUAAUGCCCAGAAAUCCGAGGUGAGUGAAAUAAGAAUUCCGCCGAAAUUCCUGGGAACGCUGACAAACUACCAGGACGACAUCGCGGUACUGACCUUGAAGACGGCGAUCCUCUACAGGCCAAACGUCGGGCCCGUGUGCCUGAACUUUGACUACCAGUUCGACAACAGGCAGUUGCAAGCGGGAAAAUUUGGCAGAAUAGCCGGAUGGCGUCUAUCUGGUACCAACAGAACCCGGGGCAAAGUCGAUGGAGCGCUGAUACAGUUUAUGAGCAUCGAAGACUGCCUGAAAAAUUCUCCAAGUCACUUCAGAGAGUACAUUACGAGCGACAAAUUUUGCACCGGCAACGCUUAUGGAACAACAUUGUGCAAGGGCGACAGUGGCGCCGGCCUGGCUUUCCCGGAAGUGGAGAGGGGGGUGGAGCGGCACUACCUGCGCGGAGUGCUGUCUGUGGCGCCGCGCACCGACGACCAGUGCGCGGAGUUCACCAUCGCCGGCUUCACGCAACUUCUAAAACACGAGUUCUUCGUCAAGGAUGCAAUUUCAAAGCAGACCGGCCUGGCGGAAUCCUCGGGCUGUCGGGAAGACGAAUGGAGGUGCAACGAUGGCUCGUGUAUUCUAUCUGAGGAAAAGUGUGAUAAUGUCCAAAACUGUGAGGACGGAAGCGACGAGUCUUCAGCUGUUUGUGAAGAAGUUACUCUUAAGUUCGGUAAAUGUGUGCUACCGCCGUACCCCGAGCACGGCACGUAUACGAUGAAGGGCAAAACGGACGCCAGGCCAGGCCAGAGAUUUUUUACAGCCCUGCUUAGCUACACCUGCGACGACGGGUACGGGAUCACCAAUGAAACGAAUCAGAUAUUUUGUUUCGAGGGCUCUUGGUACGGUUCCUCUCCAUCGUGUGUACGUAUGUGUCGUCUCGUCCAGCACCCGAGUGUGGAGUACCGAUGCCGCGUGCCCGAGCUGGACGGCUACCGGUCGUGCAACGCUCAGGAGCCGCUGGGCACCGUGGUCCACACUAACUGCCGGGCUCCGCUCUACUACUACGUCGGCGUUCUAGCGACGAUGCGUUGUCAGCAGAAUGGGUGGGAUAACAACCCGGUCUGCUUACCAGAAUGCGGCAGACUAACACCUGGUGGAAUGCAGCUAGUAGUAGGUGGGCAGGGAGCGAAGAGAGGGGAGGUACCGUGGCACGCUGGAAUAUACCGGACUAUAAACAAUAGCUACUCCCAAGUUUGUGGCGGCUCCAUCGUUAGCACAACACUUGUAAUCUCAGCUGCACAUUGUUUUUGGAACGAUGUACGAAAAAGACUGCCCGCAUCGCUUUUCACCGUGGCGGUGGGCAAGCUGUACCGAGACUGGGACCAUCCAAACGACACUGACGCCCAAAAAUUAGAGAUAAGAAACAUUUUAAUCCCGUCGAGGUUCCGCGGAUCUGCGACAAACUUCCAGGACGACAUAGCGCUGGUGAUCCUGGCGACUGCUAUCCGCUACGAGGUGUUCGUGCGCCCGGUCUGCUUGGACUUCGAUAAUAACCUGGAGCGCCAGCAGCUGAUCGUGGGUAAAAUUGGGAAGGUAGCCGGCUGGGGCCUAACGGCAGUCAACGGCGAUUUCGCCCCUCAUCUCCAAGUCACAAAUUUGCCGUACGUGGACAUCGACCAAUGUCUCGAUCAAGUGCCGCUGGCCUUCAGGGAACUGGUCACGAGUGACAAGUUCUGUGCAGGCUACACGAAUGGCACGGCUAUGUGUCAGGGCGACAGCGGCGGAGGCCUAGCGUUCCCGGCGGAGUCCGACGAGGGCGGGAAGAGGUACUUCCUCCGCGGGAUCGUCUCCACAGCCCCGCGGAACAAUGACAAGUGUACACAGUUUACUAUCACCACGUUCACACAAGUGACUAAGCACGUGUAUUUCAUUAAAGAUUAUUUUGUAACUGAUAACAAGAACCAAAGGAUGUUCACUCUGCUGGCGGUGAUUUUGGCCGAGACGGUGUCCAUUGAGCCUAACACGGAGCAGGAAAAUUCAGAGAUGACAACCCCCGCGAGUGACCCCAAAAAAUGCGUUUUGCCCGAACACCCGACCAACGGGCGUUACACAGUCGGAGGAAUAGCUGAGGACAUCGCGGAAGACCACUCGCCAGGAGAUCUGUACAACAGCGUGCUGCUGAACUACACGUGCGACUACGGGUUCCACAUGGAGGAAUCAAAAAGUCUGCUUUACUGCCUCGACGGCGCAUGGUUUGGAGAAUUCCCUCAAUGUGAGCGAUAUUGUCGGUUAAAUACGCAUCCCAGCGUGAAAUACGACUGUCUCGUGGGAUCCGAUGGUGACGGGAACGAGACCCGGCCCUGCAGCCUCUACGAACCGCUCGGCACCGUAAUACGUCCUCAGUGUAACUCGCCGAAGUACGACUCCUGGCGACCUCUCCCUCUUAUGCGCUGCACCAAAUCUGGCUACGAUACCUAUCAAGUUUGCAAUCCAGUCAAAUCGUGGAUGGGCACAAAGGAGGCAGAAACCUGUCGUGAAGACCAGUGGCAAUGCCGCGACGGUUCAUGUGUUUUUUCGGGAGCCAAAUGUGACUUGGUCGAGAACUGCGAAGAUGGAAGCGACGAGUUAUUCGACGUUUGCCAUGAAAACGAAGACUCAAGUAAGCUUUGUAUUCUACCGCCGUUCCCCCCGCAUGGAACAUACAAGAUAUUGGGCGAACUAAAGACCAGACCUGGUCACGCUUUCACAAAGGCGGUCCUGAACUACACUUGCUCAGACGGGUACAGGCUGCGGAAUAACAUCAAUCAAGUUUCCUGUCGUAAAGGAGUAUGGUCUACAAAAUUCCCUAAAUGUAUCCUAGACGCCAGUUGCGAGGAUGACGAUUGCGGUGAUAGUGCGAUAACUAUAAGCUCCGGGAAAUGUGUGUUACCACCGUACCCCGAGUACGGCACAUACAUUAUGAAAGAUAAACCUGACGCCAGGCCGGGGCAAAGAUUUCUGACAGCCCUUCUGAGCUACACCUGCGCUAACGGGUACGGGUUUCCCAAUGAAACUAAUCAUAUAUUUUGCUACAACGGCACGUGGUCUGAUUCCUUUCCAACUUGCGUUCGCUUAUGCCGCUUAGACCAGCACCCGAGUGUGGAGUACCGAUGCCGCGUGCCCGAGCUGGACGGCUACCGGCCGUGCAACCUUCAGGAGCCGCUGGGCACCGUGGUGUACCCCAACUGUCGAGCGCCACACUACUACUACUCCGGCGUCCUCUCCACCAUGCGAUGUCUUGAGGACGGAUGGGAUAACUACCCCGUCUGUUUACCGGAAUGUGGCAGACUGACGCCAGGUGGGAUGGAGCUAGUGAUCGGUGGGCGGGCGGCGAUAAGGGGGGAGGUACCGUGGCACGCCGGAAUAUACCGGCUUAUGUCCAGUAACUACUCGCACAUUUGUGGCGGGUCCAUCGUCAGCACGACAGUAGUUAUCUCAGCUGCACAUUGUUUUUGGAACGAUAUACAAAAGAAGCUGCCAGCUUCACGAUUCGCCGUAGCGGUGGGCAAGCUGUACCGGGACUGGGACCAUCCGAAUGACACUGACGCCCAAAAGUUAGAAUUAAAAGAUCUCGUGAUUCCGUCGAGGUUCCGCGGAUCUGCGACGAACUUCCAGGACGACAUAGCGCUGGUGAUCCUGGUGACUGCUAUCCGCUACGAGGUGUUCGUGCGCCCGGUCUGCUUGGACUUCGAUCACGACCUGGAGCGCCGGCAGCUAGCUAUCGGCAAAAUUGGAAAGGUAGCCGGCUGGGGCCUAACGGCCGCGAACGGCGAUUUCGCCCCUCUUCUUCAAGUCACAAAUUUGCCGUACGUGGACAUCGACCAAUGUCUUGAUCAAGUGCCACUGGCCUUCAGGGAACUGGUCACGAGUGACAAGUUCUGUGCGGGCUACACGAACGGCACCGCCCUGUGUCAGGGCGACAGCGGCGGCGGCCUGGCGUUUCCGGAGUCCGACAAGGGUGUGGAGCGGUACUUCAUCCGCGGGAUCGUCUCCACAGCCCCGCGGAACAAUGACAAGUGUACGCAGUUCACCAUCACCACGUUCACACAAGUGACUAGACAUGAACAUUUAAUAAAAGAGUAUUUAUAAUAGGCA